AUGGUGCGAAAGGAGUAUGAGCAUAAGGCUAAGUUGGUGAAUGGAUUACCGGUGUUAUAUUGUAAAUUUGGUAAGAAUAAACCCUGGGUUAACAUUACUUCCACAAGGCCCAGUAUUACACUUUUUACCUUUACCGACUCUGACAAUAUUACACACUCAAUUUCAGAGUGUGACAUAACACUUAACGAGUUGGUGAUAAAAAUAGUGUUCAAAUUUGACGUAACUCAAAUAUCAUUUGCAAAUCAGAUAAUUUGGCGUUUUUGUGAGUGUUUCUGGUCUGGGUACCCGAGGUUUAUCCUGUUUGACCUUGUGAAAAACAAGUUUAAACUAGUGUUUGACCACGGAAUUGAGCGUAGACUGGAGACGAAGUUCACAGUUGUAGGUCGCGAGUGUGGCGGUGUUGUGGACAUUGCCAAGUAUGAGACUAGAGCUGGGUCAGACUUCUUAAUAUUUACGAUUAAGGAUAAACUGAGCCUUGUUAGACAAGGCGAUGAAGUCAUUUGGGAACGGCUACCACACGAGCCUCACCCUUACAAAAUGCUAAUAGACGUGGAAACUGAGGAAAGGAUCCUACUCUGCGAUGACAGAUUCUUCGUCUGUAGAAGAGAAAACGGAGUCAUAACACGCGAUUCACACACAUUCACACCGUUACUCAAGGAAAUGCUCAGUAACUUUGAACGCCACCUAAAUAAAAAUUAA